AUGUCGAAAAAUGUCAUACUCUCCGUCUCAUCAAUACCCCCAUCAAUCUGGAAAAAGAGAGUUGCAAUGUUUUCUUUCGCAAAGAAUAUUGUAAAGACUCUUGAGCAGUCGGCUGAGAGCAUCAUCACUUCAUCAUCUAACUUAAUCAAUACAGAAUCCGAUCCUUAUUUCCAAUCGGCUGGAACAUCUUAUGGAUUCCGGGUGCUACAUGUUGAUCCACAUAACCCAACAUCUACAUCACUUGGGUUUGAGCCUUGGUUUGAUUAUAUUGUUGGUAUAAAUGGUCACGAACUACUUUCUCUCGCCGGUGACACUACCGGAGUCCCUGAUUAUAACUUAUUCAUUCAGGAGAUUCAGAAUUGUAUCAACAAGCCGGUUUCUUUCAAUGUGUGGAGUGCCAAGGGUGGGAUCUUGAGACAGAUUUCUCUCGUCUCUAUCGGACAAUACGAAGAUACUGAUGGAAAAAUCUUUAACUCAGAUGGUUACUUGGUCAACGAAAAUCAUACUGUCACUAAUAAUAAGUUCAAAUCAUUAGGAAUAUCGAUUCAAGCAACACCAAUAAUAACGGCUACAUAUGUGUAUCAUGUUUUGGAGAUUCAACCAAACUCGCCUGCCGAAGAUUGUUCACUUUUACCUCAUUCCGAUUAUAUAAUAGGAGCCACGGAUGGUUUAUUUGCUACAGGUGGUGAGGAUCUUUUUGCAAGAGUCAUAAACUCGAUGUAUAACCGCAACCCUAAUGACUGCAAGAUUGAGUUGAUUGUUUAUAACCAUGAUUUCGACAUCGUUAGACCGGUCACUAUCUGUCCUAGAACAAAUUGGGGAGGUAACGGAAUUCUUGGAUGCGGUGUUGGCUAUGGUUAUUUACAUAGACUUCCCCAAGUGGUUGGAAAAUUUGAACAAUCCUAUGUUUCUAAUCUUGAAGAUAGAGGCAGUUACUUGCAGGCGCCAGGACAGACAUUAUUCAAUCUUCAAAGUGAAGGAAAUAAUAGUUCGGAGUUUGUUGCAGCCGGGUCAUCAGCAACAGGUUCCUUAUCUAACCAGAUGUCCCUUAAUGAUUCAAGUGCUCCGCCUAUUAGCUCCAGCAGAAGAAAGAAAAAGUAUGUUCAUAAUACGAAUACCAAUGAUUUUUCCGAUUAUUUCAAGCAAGAAACAGAGAAAAGUGAGAAGUUGGAUGUCAGAAUCGCUGCCUCUGCACUGGGUGAUUUGCCUCCUCCUCCAAAGAAAGCUUAA